UGUUGCCCAGAUUCGAUCGCCGGUGUUUUGAUCCAAACCCAAGUUGCAAUUUCGACCAACACCAAACACAUUCACACUAUGGCAUGAAUGCGAUAGUGACGAGAAGACUGAGUUACCUUUGCCGGACGAAAAUUGUUUUAACUGCCCUUUCCUCCAUUUGGGUCCAAGUGAAGCAGUGCCGAAACAACUGGCGCAUCUCUGUCUUGACUCAGUCAUGAGCAUCUUCGCAAGCAUUUCUCAGGCGCCGGCUGACCCAAUUUUGGGGUUGGUGAGCCGAUUCAAGGCUGAUCCUGCCAAAAAAAAGGUGAAUCUGAGCGUCGGCGCCUACCGUACUGAAGAGGGCAAGCCAUGGAUCCUUCCCUCGGUGGCUGAAGCAGAGAAGAUGGUGGUCAAUGAUACGACCCAAGACAAGGAGUACCAGCCAAUUGAUGGCAAGCCAGAGUACAAGCGACCUGUGCAAGAGCUGAUCUUCAAUGGUGACAUCAUUGAUAGUGGAUGCAUUGCAACUGUUCAGGCACUUUCAGGCACUGGCUCCCUGCAGUGUAUUGCUCAAUUCCUGAAGUUCAUGGGCGUCACGAAGGUUUGGUGUCCAAAUCCGACCUGGGGCAACCAUCCCAAGAUUUUUCAGCGUGCAUUGCUUGAGUGUGACACAUAUCCCUACUGGCACCAGGAGAAGCGAGGCCUUGACUUUGACGGAAUGAUGGCUGGUAUUGAGAAGAUGAAGGAAGGCGAGUGCAUCCUGCUCCAUGCAGUGGCCCACAACCCUACUGGUGUUGAUCCAACACCAGAUCAAUGGCAGAAGAUAGUGGCAGCUUGCAAAGCGAGAAAGCUCAUCCCGCUCCUUGACAACGCCUACCAGGGCUACGCCAGUGGUGAACUGGCAAAGGAUGGCUAUUCGCAGCAACUGUUUACACAGAGUGGGAUGGAGUUCUUCAUCGCUCAGUCAUUUGCAAAGAACUUUGGGCUUUACGGAGAGCGUAUUGGGUACAUCCACGUUCGCUGCGCGUCAAAAGACGCCGCAGAUGCUGUGCUGUCACAGAUGAAGAUCAUUGUGCGACAGGCUUACUCUAGCCCUCCCCAGCACGGUGCCGCCAUCGUCAACAAGGUCUUAACAACUCCAGCAUUGAAGGAAAUGUGGCUGAAAGAGCUGACCUUCAUGUCGAAUCGCAUCAUUGACAUGCGAGUAGCUCUUCGGAAGGCCAUUGAGGCGAAGGGCACUCCUGGAACUUGGAACCAUGUCACGGAUCAGAUCGGCAUGUUCACCUUCACGGGCUUAUCCAAGGAUCAAGUCAUGCGUAUGGUGGAAGAGUUCCACAUCUACAUGACAGGCGAUGGCCGCAUUUCAAUGGCCGGAUUGAAUCCUGGGAACGUCGAGUAUGUUGCUGACAGCAUUGACAAAGCUGUCCGAGGAAAUGACCCAAAUCCGUUGGGCGUACCAGAGUAGGAGUAGUGGAGAAGGACUCGGUCGACUCAGCGACCUGACGCGACCUGAGUACAGAAACAAGAACCAGUGGCAUUCACAGAACUGUGAAGUGCCCUGUUCAUCAGCCAUGUGGCAAUGUAUUGAUCUUUAACAAUUUGCUGGUCAGGCUGGCUGCAGUCAGCCGCGACGGGCCGAACGGUAGGACUUUUUCCAGAUUUGCACGGAGAUCUGCAUUUGAUGGCCUGCCAUUUAGUUCGUAAAAAAAGG